AUGCGAUCGAGACGCCUUCUCACUCUGCUGCUGCUUGUCUCGCUAGCUUUGCUUGCAGUGUUCAACUUCCGCGACCGCUUGUUAGCUCGGGUCGUGCCAGAUAUCCCAGCCGCCCCAGCUGGGCCUGCCGCUCCCUGGUCACCUACGCUUCGCGACCAAGACCUAUCCCGCCCUCUACAGUACAACGAUACCCAUGUCCACCCAAUCGAAUAUCUGGCAAAGAAUGCCGAAAACGACUUUAGUGCUCUCCUACAAAGACAGUCGCGCACUCUGGAAGAAGCAGUUGCUGAGUACAAGCGUCGAUACAACAUCCCUCCUCCACCUCAUUUCGACAAGUGGUUCCAAUUCGCGAAGGACCGCAAUGUUCAGCUCAUCGACGAAUUCGACACCAUCUACCAUUCCUUGCUUCCGUUCUGGGGUCUGAAGCCUGUAACUAUAAGACGGAGGGUCCAAGAAGCUAUCGGUUUUGAUGGCAACAAUUUGAUCGCAUUGAUGGUCCGAGGUGGAAAGGUGACACACGUGCGGAGCGGUCAAGAAUGGCAGCAGAAGGCGACCAUUGGCAUGAUGGACAAAUUCAUCCAGUAUCUGCCCGACAUGGACCUAGCCUUCAACAUUCAUGACGAGCCUCGAGUUGUUGUUCCGCACGACGAACUGUCUCGCUUGGUGGAAGUAGCGAAAAACAGGAACAUGCCUGCUGCUUUGGCCAAUCCGAGCCCCAAAGACGCUUUCUCGCCUCGACCAAAAGAUCUGAACAAAGGCGAACGAGUCGAUGAGGUCAAGGUUACACGGUUUAACGUCUUUGCUCAUCAACCUACCUGGAUUCCUUCACGCCUUUCGUGUUCUCCGGAAAGCCCUGCUCGGGCUCUCGAAGAAGAGAUCACACCUGAUAACAUCGCAGCCUAUGCAAUAAGCGAACUAGGGUUUGUGUAUAACGACACAGCCUUCAGCGACGUUUGCAACUCUCCUUCAUUUGGCACAUCCCAUGGGUUCUUCGACCGACCGAAUGCAUUCAAUGUUGUGCACGACCUUGUACCGGUCUUUUCCCAGUCCAAGAUGAGUAGUUUCCAGGAUAUCCUGUAUCCUUCUCCAUGGUACUGGUACGGAAAAGUCACCUAUGACUCCCACAAGGAUGUAGAAUGGGAGAAGAAAGAAGGCAAACUGUGGUGGGUUGGUAGUACGACCGGUGGUUUCUCACGCGACGGAGGUUGGCGCCGUCAACAUCGUCAGAAGUUUGUGCACAAGCUCAAUGCGCCUGACCAGGCCAAGAUUAUGUACGAUGCACACCUCACCUCGGCUUCUUCGCGCGACGACAAGACUGCUGACUGGCAAAUGCGCUCUGUGCCGCGUUCCGACUAUGCCGAACUCAUGGACGUCCACUUCUCUCACGUUGGUCAAUGCGAUCCUGGUGAUUGUGAUGCCCAAAAAGAGUUCUUCAAGAUUGUGCCACCGGCCGACCAACAAGAUGCUUGGAAGUACAAGUACUUGCUUGACAUGGACGGCAAUGCCUUCAGUGGCCGCUUCUAUGCGUUCCUCAAGUCCCACAGCCUGGUGUUCAAGAUGGCAGUGUUCCGCGAAUGGCAUGCAGAGUGGCUCAAGCCCUGGAUUCAUUACGUGCCUCUCAGUCUGAGAGCAGAGGAGGCUCUCGAGUCAGUGCGAUACUUUGGAGCCGAGGAGACUGGCAAGUCCAUGGCUAUUGAGAUGGCCGAGAGAGGCAGAGAGUGGAGCAACAAAGUGCUUAGAAACGAGGACUUUGAAGUAUGGUUCUUUAGACUUUUGCUCGAAUAUGGCAGACUUGUGGAUGACAACAGGGAAAGCAUUGGCUUUGGAGUGUAG